UCGCGGCCGUCGCACAUAUCUUGCGAUUACCGACGGCACUGCACUAUCGACGUCGGUCCGGUCAAAUCGUGCGUACCAGACUUAACACACAUCACUAGAGAUACUCGUAAUUCCAUUUUCAAAACGUGAAGCUAUUUUUUUUUUAAUUUCUUAUUGUGUCGUGUUCCAAGGAUUAAGACUGUGAUUUUUUUUAAAUAUACUUAAUUAUUAUUGCAAAUAUGAUUGGAUUAAUAAAAUAAACAGUGACUUAAUUUGUUAAUAGUUUAUAGACGAUUUUUGUUGGUGCGUGUUUAUGGACUUAUAGACAAUCUAGAAUGCUGUGUUAGAGUGUUUGAAAAUUGAAAAUGAAGAUGUCCGCGGCCGACAGCCAGGAGUCUGGCAGUCCUCCACCAAGCCCGACAGACUCCGCAGCAUCAGAAUCCGCUCCCACCUUAGUCCACAUCAAGCAGGAGACGAUGGCCCCGGGCACAGACAUGAAAGAAUACUAUAACUCCUUGGAUUUCGGCCUCAAUAUCACAUAUCUCACAAGCUACGACGCUAGCCGCAAUUACUUACCCAGGCCUUUAGACUUACCCAAUCAAAGGUUCUUAGAAACGAAAAGUCCAGACAGAAACGAGGAUUUCAAUGAUGAAAGUGAUAAGGCCGAGUUAAGUUUGAGUUUGCCGAGCGAAUUGGUGCUAAAGUCUGGAGGAGUAUUUUCUAGAGGGAACAUCCCUUGUGGGACCAAAUAUGGACCUUUUAAUGGCAAAUGGGUUGGACAGCCUUACGACAGAAGAUACGCGUGGGCGAUCGUCGGCAAGAAUGGCGUCCGCGGCUGGCUGGAUGGCAGAGAGGACAAGUCCAACUGGAUGAAAUUCGUCAACUCCACGAAUUACCCCCACGAUGUCAACUUACAGCAUUUGCUGCAUGCUGGCCAAGUUUACUACAAGGUGACGAGGGAUAUCCCACCAGGUCAAGAAUUGUUGCUUAAGCCACGCACGCCGCUGCCUCUGCAAGAUCUACUCAUUCCACAAGAUCGUGAAGGCUCAAGCGCUAACUCUUCUAGCACGCAACCCUUGACCGAAGACGAAGAAAGAGAGGAGACUGAACCACGGUGCUCCUUUUGCGACGCACCAUACCCUACUAUAGACGCACUCGACCGUCACUUGGUGCAGGCGCACGCGCAGCCCGCGGCGGCGUUUCACUGCGAGCUGUGCAACCGAGCGUACAGCACCCGCGCGCUGCUGCUGCGGCACCGCGCGCUCACGCACACCGACAUACGGAAAUAUCCCUGCGAGAACUGUCCGAAGGUAUUUACCGAUCCUUCCAACCUCCAGCGCCACAUCCGCGCGCAGCACGUAGGCGCCCGCAGCCACGCGUGCCCCGAGUGCGGCAAGACCUUCGCCACCUCCUCCGGGCUCAAGCAGCACACGCACAUCCACUCCAGCGUCAAGCCCUUCCAGUGCAAGGUGUGCUUCAAAGCUUACACUCAGUUUUCAAAUUUAUGCCGUCACAAGCGAAUGCAUUCGGCGUGCAGAGCUUUGGUAGAGUGUGGAAAAUGCGGGCAGUCAUUCACUUCCUAUGCGUCUCUUACGAAGCAUAAGCGAUUUUGUGAUACAGCAACGGCUGCGAACGUCAACCUACGAGGACAAUUGCCACAAGGACUACCACAGAUACCAUCGUUAUCCAACGUCAUGAAUACACCAAAUAAUACAAAUCCAUUCCCGAUGUAUAGAGGACCAGCGUUGCCUUUGCCCUACAACACGUUUGCUCACUAUCCAGCAUUAUUUUCUGCUGCUGCAGCUGCUUGUCCCCCUGAAUUCUUAAGUCCUUUGCUAUUCAAUGUUCAAGGAGCCAGACUAGCAAUGGAGCACGACAUGGCUAUGAAUGCUAAUUUAGUUGCAAAGCAACAGGAAGGGAGGAUGUCAGUAAAAAGCAUGGACAGUACGAACUCGCUUGAGGACAUGAAGAAAUCCAUGGACGUUGAUAUUGAAAUAAAAAAGAGAGAUACUAAUGUCGAAAGAGUGGCAACACCACAAAAUCUCUAUGUAAAACAAUCACCGCCCUCCGCUGAAGAAGCUUCUUCAAAACAAAGACCAUCGCCAGUCAUGCCAAUGCCGACCGCCGUUGCUCCCUUCAGAUUUUCGAGGGAAGAAAUGAAACAUAACUCUCCGUUCAACUUAUCCAUGAAGUUGAGUAGUGACGAAGUAGGAAUGAAAUCCAUUUCACCGAGGCUGCCUAAAGAUUUAUCAAAAACUUUACGAGGAGAAACUGAUAAAAAAUCUGUAUAUUCAGACGUCGAAGAAGAUUCAAGGAAGGAUCAAAUUGAUCAACCACUUGAUUUAUCAGUCACACGAAAGAACAACGAUAAAGAAUCAGAUGUGGAGAACGAUGAUGUUAACUCUUUUCGUAAUUUAUCAGUGAAAUCGUACUCGCCCCCAGAAAGUCCCAUAGAUAGAGACAGUAAAACUCCUGAAAACGAUACGACUGACGUAGACGUAGAAGCGGUAGAACCAAAGAGAGAAGAAUCUCCUAUGGUAUCACCUUUAGCAUUUCCUAUGCCAGUGCAUCCUCAACACAAUAAUAGCCUCAUCGAGGCGAUGUACCGCCCACGCUUUCCUCAGUUUCACACGGCUUCUGACUCUCUUUUGAGCUCUUCGCAUUCCCCGUACGUGCCGAGCCCGUUCAAUUUUUUAUCCCCACUUCUCGGUACUGACGGUCCGGAUAGACAACCGAGCGCGUACGCAAAGUUUCGUGAACUGAGCGCAGGUUCGGGAAAACUUCGAGAUCGGUACGCGUGCAAAUUCUGCGGAAAAGUCUUUCCGCGCAGCGCCAACUUGACCAGACAUCUCCGAACCCACACGGGAGAACAGCCGUACAAAUGCAAGUAUUGUGAGCGGUCGUUCUCGAUAUCUUCGAACUUACAGCGCCAUGUGCGAAACAUUCACAAUAAAGAACGGCCCUUUCGGUGUCCACUGUGUGACCGGUGCUUCGGACAGCAAACGAAUCUUGACCGACAUUUAAAGAAGCAUGAGGCGGAAGGCGGCGAUUCCCCUAGUUCGGCUGAUACUGAGCAGGACGCGUGUUUUGAUGAUAUUCGAUCAUUUAUGGGGAAGGUAACCUGCUCCCCUGGAGUGGGGUCACCGUCGGGUACUUCCCCGCACACGCCCCACGGCCCGCAUCGUCCCUCAGCGUUGGCGAUCACCACAUAGCCCUCGCCCUUCCAGCUGCCGCCGCCUCCACCACUUUGGCCCCAGCCUUUUGAAUGAGCGACACAAAAAAUGGUUUAAAAUAAAAGACUUUUGAGUACGUAACGGUGACUUUUCCCAUUUAGCAAUAGACUUUUAAAUUAAUCUUCCGUACUGUGUUAAGUAAUAAAUAAAAUAUAUCCCAGUGCAUAUUGAUUCAUAGGUGUCAUGACAAUUGUAAAACUGCUAGUUCUGUAAAUUAAAUAGGUUAGCAAUUUAAAGCGUUCCUAGAUAUAAUUAUUGUGAUAGAAAAAGAUUUGGCUGCGUGUUGAAUUCUACAUGUAGGUAGGGAAUUGUAAAAAAUAAUAUAAAUACAUAGUUUUAACAUUUUGGAUGAAUUGGGUCGAGUAGGUGCAUUUGUAAAUUAUUGUUAAACUUUAUUGGCAAAAAUUAAAUAAAGAGAAUUUUUUUGUAAUCUCUUUUUAGUCAAAAAACUUACCAAAGCAAUUUUAAUAUAUUCGAGAGUUGGGUAAAAUUGGGAUAAAAAUUAAUAUAAAUUCGGGGCUUUAAAGUCGUUACAUUAUUAUAACUUGCAUGACAGAUGCAAAUUCAAAUAUUUUGUUAAAUUUGUUAUUUUAACGUUAUUGUAAAUAAAUAUUUUGAAUACUUCGAGCAUAUCAUUGAUAGAUAAAGUCGGAGGUCCUGUAGGAUACUUAUUAUAAAGUUUUCUUAUAAAAUUAUAUUAAUAAUUAAACACUUAAUAAGUCCAGUAUUUAAGGGUAAGCUUAAGAUGUUUCGCAUUGGUUAAAACAAUUUUUUUCUGUCAUAUCAAUAAACACGAUUUCAAAGUAGUUUUGGCAGAUAAUUUGUUGCUGCUAUGACAUGUUAAGUGUGAUAUAAAAAUUUGGAUAUUUCUUAAACUUUCUGUAACAUUAAAAUAUAAGGGUAAGUAAACUCAGGCUAUGGUAAAGGGCAAUUGAGAUUGGCACAUACGUAUUGUCGAUGUAAUCCGCCAUUUUUACUGCAGUUUCCUUUCCCGUAGCCUAUGUUUGAGCUAAAGUGUUUUCAUAAUUACUUAAAUUAUACUUUUCAGAGAUAAAUUCUUUAAAAAAUCUUGUAAUAUAUUUGGAAACAAUGCAAUACUUAAAUAGAUAUUUGUACUGUUAUCAUCUCACUUCGUGGCACUAGUAAGAGUAAGGAUAUUGUCACACAAUCAAUAAACGCGUCUAUUGUUGA